AGAUUGCUGCAGCAGAGGAGGCAACAUUAAACUAUAAUCACAUCACACACAUAGCCAUGAAACUAUAAUCAGAUCACACACAUACCCAGUCUACAUUACCAGAAACAUAAUCAUUACUACUUGUAUUAUUUUCACUAUUCAACAGAGAAGUCUAAAACUCCAGCUUUGUAAUUCAGCACACUGUGUUCCCAUGAUGUCAUACCUGUGGAUUCUCCUGCUGGGCAGUUUGGUGAUUGGAGCCAAGACACAGGAAGACCCUGCUACUGAGCCAGAAGCGAAGGAACCAGAGGCAGAAGCAGCAGAGCCCGAGGCCCCUGCAGAAGAAGUAGCUGCCGAGGAGGCCCUGGUAGCUGAGGAGGCUCCGGCAGAAGAAGAAGCUCCGGCAGAAGAAGAAGCUCCGGCAGAAGAAGAGGAGGAGGCUACAGAGGAGGAAGUUCCAGCCACAGAGGAAAAGGCUCCGACAGUCGAGGAUGCUCUGGCAGAAGAAGACGCUCUUGCAGAGGAGGCUCCAGCCACAGAGGAAGAGGAGGCUCCAGCCACAGAGGAAGAGGACGCAGAAGUCGUAGACGAACCAGCAGUAAAAGCAGAGGCGGCCCCUGAAGCUGAGGCUGAACCAGAUGAACUAGAUCUGUCUGAAGCUGUUGAACCAGUCCUUCCUUUUACAGAGGCGGAGCCUGAAACACCAGCAGAGAGCGAGCCCACGGAGGAGAAGACAGGGGGAGAUUUGGAUCUGGAGGACGCUAUAGCUGAGAAUGAGGAAGACAUACCCGCGGGAGGGAAGAGGCGCAGCGGGGGCUCAGUUGCCCAUGCAGCAGAAGCAGAAGGCACAGCUGAAACUCAAGGGUCUAGCUCUGGCUCGGUGGUGGGCAUUCUGUGUGCUAUCGCCGUGGCGAUCGUUGGAGCUGCCACCGGAUACUUCACCUAUCACAAGAAGAAGCUCUGUUUCAAGAACAGUGGAGGGGAUGUAGAGAGUGCCCGUAAGGAGGAGGCUGAGACCCAGUCGAAUCCCCAGGUUCUCAGCAACUUGCUGACUAAAUCCUCCUAGAUCAUCUGAGAUUCCAAUGGAGAAGAACCAGAACCAGCAGUUUACCAUAACACACACGCACACACUCAUACACAGAUCCAUCCCAAUCUUUAGGCCUUAAACUGAUUAUAGUUGUAAAACUGUGAGAUAGUGGUUUGGAGGUUAUUAACUUUCAGCACCACGUUAGAGUGAGACCAAUCAGUAGUAUCUCAGUGUCUUCUAAAGAUCACAUUUGUAAUCUGUUAAAAAGGGGGUGAUAUUUUCCAUCCACUUAACAGCACCGAGACAAUGUAGGCCUAUUUCUCUGUAUACAAGUACUGGGAAGUUCACCUGGGUUCCUGUCAUUUUAGCUAACAUUCCACUCCUUGCCACUCCUGUCAUUUGCCAAAGAGACUGGCUUAUCGACGUUCCUAAAGUUCAAAAUGUAAACCGGAUUUACAAUUACAUUGUGAUUGGAGGAUAACUGUGACGGUUAUCGAAUCAGGAUCAAAUCCUCUGAUCUUCUCAAGCUCAUAAUCAUAGAAUGUUCAUAUUUGAAGAUUGGCGAAAGACAAUGAAUACAAGGAGUGGCAUGUAAUUGGCUGAACAGCAACCAGGCUACAGUUCCCAGAUUAUUUAGGAUAAAAUGGACCCUCCAUUAUUUGAAAUGUUACCGUUGUUUGGUUCUUUACAAUGAUUGAGGAUUUAAUCCGUAUUGCUGAAGAUCCAUGAUAUAAUGCUGAUCUUCAGUGCUACAGAUUGAAUCAAGCCCUUACUGUGUGUGCUGUAGCCAACUCUUCUAGCCUGGUUUCAUACUGUAGCCAACUCUUCUAGCCUGGUUUCAUACUGUAGCCAACUCUUCUAGCCUGGUUUCAUACUGUAGCCAACUCUUCUAGCCUGGUUUCAUACUGUAGCCAACUCUUCUAGCCUGGUUUCAUACUGUAACCAACUCUUCUAGCCUGGUUUCAUUCUGUAGCCAACUCUUCUAGCCUGGUUUCAUACUGUAGCCAACUCUUCUAGCCUGGUUUCAUACUGUAGCCAACUCUUCUAGCCUGGUUUCAUUCUGUAGCCAACUCUUCUAGCCUGGUUUCAUACUGUAGCCAACUCUUCUAGCCUGGUUUCAUACUGUAGCCAACUCUUACAUUUUAGUCAGUUAUCAGAUGCUCUUACCUAGGGUAACUUACAGGAGCAAUUAGGGUUAUGUGCCUUGCUCAAAGACACAUUGAGAGACUUUUCACCUAGUCAGCUCACCUAGUCAGGGAUUUGAACCAGAGACCAAUCAGUUACUGGCCCAAUGCUCCUAACCGCUAGGCUACCUGCCACCUCUGGCUACUAUUCUUCUAGUCUGGUUUCAUACUGUAUGUGCUGUAGUCAACUCUUCUAGCCUUCUCCCAUAAUUAAUGUAGCCAACUUCUCUAUCAUUGUCAAGCCAUACAUGUUUUGUGUGACAAUGAAGGACCUCAGAGAGGAGUUGGCCAAAGCACCAAAAGACUGGAACACCAGGCUAGUAGUGUUGUUCUGUGAAAGCUGGUUAGAGGAAGCUAUGUGAGAGCUGGUACGAGGACCGAAGAUAUCACCCCUGUUGUGUGUUUGCUGGGUAUUUGAGGGGCUUGGGGACCUUGUCUAAAAUACAACAACAUAUGAGAACAUUUAGCUCUAUUGAAAUGUUCAAAUAGUAUGUGUUACAAUAUAAUGCUGUACUGCUCUGUAAGUGCCUUACAUUAGAUGUUUCACCUGGGAAGCCUUUUUAUGAUUCUAUCUCACUACUAAGGCCACUCUUCUGAAAUGGCUCCCUACUCUCUCUAUAGUGGAAUACUUUUGAAGCCCUGCUAUAAAGGAAUAGGGAACCAUUUCAGACACAGCUGUAGACUCAGGCACGGGUCUCCAACUGCCCACCCAGCAGCCUUCCAGGACCAGAGUUGGAGAACCCAGUGCCUGCUUAACGCCACAGGGUUCACCCAAACAGUACUGUGCUGGCCAGCAUAUUUUCUUUUCACAUUAUUCUUUCCAACAUGGGUCCAGCAACUAUGGGAGAUGUGUAACUGGGCAAGCCCAGUACAGCUUGGUUUGGCGUAGUAGUGUGAAAAGGGUAUACAACUGUAUGCAGUAUAACCCUGGGCAGGAGUCAGCCUGGGAGGAGCUCACCACUGAACACACAGUAAGAAUGUUCCAGUUCACAGUGAAAGACUAUGAGACUCUUGGAGAAGCAAUUUCUGAUUAGCCUGGUCUCAUGAUCUGUGUGUGAUUUAGCCAACUAACUCCUCUGAAUAUCAUUGUCUUGACAAUACUUCUUUUGGAGAAUAACUUUCCUCUCCAAAAGAGUUUUAUGGUAAGUGUAAUGAUGAUACGGUGGUACACAGAGUACUCCACUCUUAUAUUUAAUGAAUCUGUCUUUGUUGUUGUGUGUUUGAGAAUUGUGUUAUUUUAAUCCUUUAGCACAUAUUUCUUUUUGAAUUGUGUAAAUAAUGCUGGAUAUAGAAAUAAAGAAGCUGUCCAGGGGGAA